GGGGGUGGGGGUUCUCAUGAUUUAUAUAAGUAGGUGGAUUAGCUAUUUUCUUCCCUGUUAUCUGCAUUUCUUUAGAGCUCAAGUCUCUCUUCCUCUUCUCCUCAUUAUACAUAUACAUAUACAUACACAUCCAUAUACAGAAGAGAGAAAAAGAGAGAGAGAGAGAGAGAUCAGUAUCUUUCUCUUUGUGUUUUUGGCUUUGAAGAAGAACAAAGUUGAGUGGGUUUUUAAGGAAUUUGAGUUUGGGCAAAAAGAAAAAAAGAAAUGGGAAGACAACCAUGCUGUGAUAAAGUUGGGUUGAAGAAAGGUCCAUGGACUGCUGAAGAAGACAAGAAGCUCAUCAACUUCAUCCUCACCAAUGGCCAAUGCUGUUGGAGAGCUGUCCCUAAGCUUGCAGGAUUAUUAAGGUGUGGAAAAAGUUGCAGACUGAGAUGGACCAAUUAUCUAAGGCCAGACUUAAAGAGGGGUCUUUUAUCAGAAUAUGAGGAGCAAAUGGUCAUUGAUCUCCAUGCUCAACUUGGCAAUAGAUGGUCUAAGAUUGCUUCUCAUCUCCCUGGAAGAACUGACAAUGAAAUCAAGAACCAUUGGAACACCCACAUCAAGAAGAAGCUCAAGAAAAUGGGAAUUGAUCCUCUGACCCACAAGCCAAUCGCUACUGUCAAUGAAAAACCAGAACCAGAAAAGAAAGAGCAAGAACAAGAACAAUCUUCUGAAACCAGAAACACAUCUGAGAUUGAUCAAAGCAAAGAGACAGAGACAUCUUUUCAAUCAUCUUCCAUAACUGAAGCAAGAGAGGAAGAGAAAAGCAUGACAAGCUCAUUUGAACCAACAACAACAACACUGGAGGUUUUGGAUGGGUUUUGCACAGAUGAAGUUCCACUGAUUGAACCCCAUGAAAUUGUUGUCCCUUGUGCUCCUUCUUCAUCAACAACUUCAACUUCUUCUUCUUCUUCUUCUUCUUUUUCAUCUUCCAAUUCAUCAUCCAACAACUUUCUUGAAGACUUGGAGCUUCCUGAUUUUGAAUGGCCAAGUGACUACAACAACAACAAUAGCAACAAUAAUACCAACAACAACAACAACAAUAUCAACAAUAUGUGCUUGUGGGAUGAAGAUUUCAACAUCUGGGAUUUGCUUAUCAAUGAUGAUCAUAUUGAUGGUGGAGAUAGAAAGCAGAGUGGUCAUGAUGAUCUUCCUCUCAAUCAGUGCCAAAGAAUGGUUUUGGAUCAAGAAUCUUGGGCAUUUAUCUUGUGAAUUUGUGAAAGUGGAAACAAAAUUUUCAACUGGGUUGUCUAUUUAUUUUGUCAUUUGGUUGUUAGUUUUUUACAUCCAAGAAAAAAAAAAAAAAAAAAACAACACUGAAAAAUAAAUUUCAUGGAUCAUGGGUAAGUAAAAAAAAAUCCCAUUUAGCAUUUUCUACUUUUUCUUUUACUCUUUUUUAUUUUGAAAAAAUAAAUAAAUAAAAAAAUCUGUACAUGGGAAUGAUGGGUUUGUUGUUUAAUGAAUAUUUCUGUGGGCUCUA